AUGAGGCUUCUCAAGACUGGGGCUUUUGUGCGUGCCGCCCAAGCUGCCAAAUUCUCAAUCCCCUGCUGUUCAAGGGCUUCUAAUUCGUCCCCGGUUGUGGUCCCGACAAGAUGGGCAUCCUCUCAGGCUCAAGCCCAAGCUGCACCGGACGAGCACCCCUUCCCUGAACAAUCCGUCAGCCUCGUCAACGAGGUUGACCCAGCAAAGACCGCUGCUGCAUCAAAUCAGAACGCAGACCAUGCCGGGUUUGAGAAAAAGCUACAAGAGUUGGACCAGCAGAACAAAGUUAUCCGCGAAAAUGGACAAUCUGGAGCAAAGAUACUGGGAGUACCAUACAUCUUCGAUCAGACCUCGAACCUGUCCAGCUCCAUCUUAGAUCUCGUUGGUCGUAACCUCUAUGACCACCCUGACCACCCCAUCUGCAUUACUCGAAAGCUCAUCGAGUCAUGCUUCGAAGAACCGACGUUCAAACACUUCGCGAUGGGCAAUCCAGUUGUCACAGUCAGGGACAACUUCGAUAUCCUGGGUUUUCCGGCAGACCAUCCAGGCCGCUCGAGGACAGAUACAUACUAUGUCAAUUCGACCCACCUGCUGCGCACCCAUACUUCUGCCCACCAAAACGCUGCGUUUCAAUGGCUAGCGAAUAACCCUGCUAGGAAAGGCUACACCAUAUGUGCGGACGUCUACCGCAGAGAUAGCAUUGACAGGAGUCAUUUUCCCGUCUUCCACCAAAUGGAAGGCGCACGAAUUUGGGAAGCUCAGCAGAAUAGAGCCGCCCAGAUCGAGCGCGACUGUGAAAAGAUGCUCAAGACUGGUCUCGUGGUGGAAGACCAAGCCACAGACUUUACUGGGAGUGCAAAUCCCAUGCAGCCCGAACAUAAUCCAGACGAAGUGCACCAACUCGCCAGGCAUUUGAAACUCAGCCUUGAAUAUCUUGUCAGCCGCAUCUUCGAGGCCUCUGUUCAAUCCCUCCCCUCUGCUGCCAGAACAGACACUCCUAUGCAGGCCCGCUGGAUCGAAGCCUAUUUUCCCUUCACAUCCCCGUCUUUCGAGCUCGAAGUCCUAUGGCAUGGAGGCGAAUGGUUAGAACUUCUAGGAUGCGGAGUCGUCAAGCAAGACAUCCUGAACAAGGCGAGAUUGAACGAUCAUAUCAGCUGGGCUUGGGGGAUAGGCAUUGAACGCUUCGCCAUGCUCUUAUUUGGUAUCCCCGACAUUCGUCUAUUCUGGUCCACCGACCCAAGAUUCCUCAAACAGUUCACACGUGGAAAGAUUACCAAAUUCGAACCAUUCAGUAAAUAUCCUGCCUGCUACAAGGAUAUCGCCUUCUGGAUUAAGCCAGUUCCUUCGGCAUCAUCACCCCUGGGUUCACAGUCAGCACACGCUACUUCGGGUGUUGCAGCUGCCGCGGGUGGUGACGCCACAAAGGCCUCGCCGGCAGAAACCCAGCCAGCCGCAUUCCAUGAGAAUGAUAUCAUGGAGGUUGUCCGGGACGUGGCAGGCAGUCUAGUUGAAGAUGUGAAACUAGUGGACGAAUUCAUUCAUCCCACGACAGGAAGGAAGAGCCUCUGUUAUAGAAUCAACUAUCGGAGUCUGGAGAGAACAUUGACGAACGAAGAAGUCAAUGGUUUGCACGAGGAAGUCGGAAGAAGAAUGAAGGAUUUGUUUGGCGUUGAGCUUCGUUAA